GCUUCACCCACCACCUCCCUACCAUGGACCCCCGCAAAGUGAACGAGCUUCGGGCCUUUGUGAAAAUGUGUAAGCAGGAUCCGAGCGUUCUGCACACCGAGGAAAUGCGCUUCCUGAGAGAGUGGGUGGAGAGCAUGGGAGGUAAAGUACCACCUGCUACUCAGAAAGCUAAAUCAGAAGAAAAUACCAAGGAAGAAAAACCUGAUAGUAAGAAGGUGGAGGAAGACUUAAAGGCAGACGAACCAUCAAGUGAGGAAAGUGAUCUAGAAAUUGAUAAAGAAGGUGUGAUUGAACUAGACCCUGAUGCUCCUCAAGAAAUGGGACAUGAAAAUGUGGAGAUAACGGAGGAGAUGAUGGAUCAGGCAAAUGAUAAAAAAGUGGCUGCUAUUGAAGCCCUAAAUGAUGGUGAACUCCAGAAAGCCAUUGACUUAUUCACAGAAGCCAUCAAGCUGAAUCCUCACUUGGCCAUUUUGUAUGCAAAGAGGGCCAGUGUCUUCGUCAAAUUACAGAAGCCAAAUGCUGCCAUCCGAGACCGUGACAGAGCCAUUGAAAUAAAUCCUGAUUCAGCUCAGCCUUACAAGUGGCGGGGGAAAGCACACAGACUCCUAGGCCACUGGGAAGAAGCAGCCCAUGAUCUUGCCUUUGCCUGUAAAUUGGAUUAUGAUGAAGAUGCUAGUGCAAUGCUGAAAGAAGUUCAACCUAGGGCACAGAAAAUUGCAGAACAUUGGAGAAAGUAUGAGCGAAAACAUGAAGAGCGAGAGAUCAAAGAAAGAAUAGAACGAGUUAAGAAGGCUCAAAAAGAGCAGGAGAGAGCCCAGAGGGAGGAAGACAGACAACAGUCAGGAGCUCAGUAUGGCCCUUUUCCAGGUGGCUUUCCUAGGGGAAUGCCUGGUAAUUUUCCCGGAGGAAUGCCUGGAAUGGGAGGGGACAUGCCUGGAAUGGCCGGAAUGCCUGGACUCAAUGAAAUUCUUAGUGAUCCAGAGGCUCUUGCAGCCAUGCAGGAUCCAGAAGUUAUGGUGGCCUUCCAGGAUGUGGCUCAGAACCCAGCAAAUAUGUCAAAAUACCAGAGCAACCCAAAGGUUAUGAAUCUCAUCAGUAAAUUGUCAGCCAAAUUUGGAGGUCAAGUGUAAUGCCCUUCUGAUAAAUAAAGCCCUGCUGAAG